AUGCACUUCCAACUUUUCCUGGCGCCGGCAGUGGGUGCCCGUUCCAGUCCUGGAGACUUACGCGCGCCCUGCCCGACGCUAAAUACUCUUGCCAACCAUGGCUUUCUACCUCACGACGGCCGCAAUAUCACUCUCGAUGUCGUCAUAAAAGGUCUUAAAGAUGCGAUGAACAUUGGAGAAGACUUAGCAACGGCUGCCUUCACGCCAGCACUCAAGUUGAACUCAAUACCAAACGCAAAUUUCAUCGAUCUAGAUAUGCUGAACCGGCACAACGUCAUUGAACACGAUGGCAGCCUAUCACGCCGAGACAUGUACUUUGACCCGUCAAAUCGAUUCGACAAGGCGACUUUCGACGGUUUCGUUGCCUACUUUGGUGAUGCAACAACGAUAAGCACAGCCGCCAUGGCCAACGCCCGUGCAAGACACGCUCUAGCCAUGAGUCGUAUCAACCCAACAUUCACUCUUCCCGAAUCAUCCGCACCUUUGUUCUUGGGCGAAGCAUCCUUAAUGUUGGCUGUAUGGGGCUCUCCGAGCAAGCCGGUGGCCAGCAGAGCGUUUCUUGAAUACUUUUUCAAUGAGAACGAGAUCGAGGUUACCAAGGCGCUGGAGCCUCUCAAAGCAGAAUGCAUGGAUACAUCAGAACAAUAA